AGAUUAAACAGCCCCCUAAAGACUAUGUAGCUAGAAAGUGACCAAGCUGAAUUUUAACAGAAACCUGAAAUGGCUCUUGAACCGAUGCUCUGCAUACCUGAACAGCCACGAAAACUUAGAACCUCUGGGUUCUUGUCAUCACUGUCUUGUGUGACCUUAUAUAGAGUGACCUUUGAAGAUCGCAUUCUCCUCAGCUAUUAAACAAUAAGAUUGAAGCGUCUUUGACAGACUUGGCUAGCUGCACCCUGAUGACACUAUUAUCUGUGCAGCACUUUUGACAUUAACAGCAUGCAGGCUCUGAAACCUUGAUCUCAUUCUGAUACCAUUUGCCUCUGGGAGGAUCCAUAACACAGGAGCCCCAGGGAACUGUCCAAGGAUCUGCUCCUUAGCCAGCUCCUCCUCCAGGGGGGUCGUCCUGAGCUGAGCCAGCCCCACCCCUGUCCCUUUUCUGGGUGAGGACUGGGGCUUGGCUCCAUUCCAGGAUAAACUUUCACAGGCCAAGAGAUAACACAACUUCAAGGUGACAAUCAGGAACUCCUUUUAAAAGUCCUCCCUCCUUGCUGGAGUUGCUGCAGCUUCUCCACGCCACCGCUGUCCAUCUGCCGACACCCAGCUACCAUGUGGGAACUUGUGGGUCUCUUGCUGCUCAUCCUCGCGUAUUUCUUUUGGCCCAAGUCAAAGACACCUGGUGCCAGGUUCCCCAAGAGCCUCCCAUACCUGCCCCUGGUGGGCAGCCUGCCGUUUCUCCCCAGAGGUGGUCAUAUGCAUGUCAACUUCUUCAAGCUGCAGGAGAAAUACGGUCCCAUCUAUUCUCUUCGCCUGGGUACCACAACUACAGUGAUGGUCGGCCACUAUAAGCUGGCCAAGGAAGUGCUCGUCAAGAAGGGAAAAGAAUUCUCUGGUCGUCCCCUCAUGGUGACUCUAGGCCUGCUGUCUGACCAAGGAAAAGGCAUCGCCUUCGCGGACUCUGGUAGCCACUGGCAGCUGCACCGGAAGUUGGUGCUCAGCACCUUUGCCCUAUUCAGGGAAGGCGACCAGAAACUGGAAAAGAUCAUAUGUCGGGAAGCCAGCUCACUGUGUGACUUGCUGCUCACCCACAAUGAGGAGUCCAUCGACCUGUCCCAGCCUAUCUUCAUGUCAAUAAUCAACGUCAUCUGCGCCAUCUGCUUCAGCAUCUCUUACGAGAACAGGGACCCAAAGCUGACCGCCAUAAAGACUUUUACAGAGGGCAUCCUGGACUGCCUGGGCGACAAGAACCUGGUGGACAUAUUUCCUUGGUUGACGAUUUUCCCCAAUAAAACCUUGGAAAUGAUAAAGAGAUGCGUUAAAGUCCGAGAUGAAAUACUGACUGAAAUAUUGGAAAAACGCAAGGAGAAUUUCAACAGUGACUCCAUCUCUAACCUGACCGACAUUCUGAUACAAGCCAAGAUGAACGCAGACAAUAACAACACCAGCGAAGACCAGGGCGCGAGUGUGUUUUCAGACCAGCACAUUCUCGCCACGGUGGCGGACAUCUUUGGGGCGGGCAUAGAGACCACCGUGUCUGUGCUGAGUUGGAUUGUGGCUUUCCUGCUGCACAAUCCUGAGGUAAAGGAGAAGAUCCAAAAGGAGAUUGACCAGAAUAUAGGUUUCAGCCGCACCCCAACUUUCAAUGACCGGACUCACCUCCUCAUGCUGGAGGCCACCAUCCGAGAAGUGCUUCGCAUCCGGCCUGUGGCCCCUAUGCUUAUCCCCCACAAGGCUAACACUGACGCGAGCAUUGGAGAGUUUACCAUACCCAAGGGCACACAUGUGGUCGUCAAUCUGUGGGCACUGCAUCACAACGAGAAGGAAUGGGACCAGCCAGCUCGGUUCAUGCCUGAGCGCUUCUUAGAUCCGACAGGAAACCAUCUCAUUACACCCUCCUUAAGCUACUUGCCCUUUGGAGCUGGUCCCCGCGCCUGUGUUGGAGAGGUCCUGGCCCGGCAGGAGCUCUUCCUCUUCAUGGCCUGCCUGCUGCAGAGGUUUGACCUGGAUGUGGCAGAUGAUGGGACACUGCCCUGCCUGGAGGGUGACCCCAAGGUGGUCUUCCUGAUCAGCCCUUUCAAAGUGAAGAUCACAGUGCGCCAGGCAUGGAAGGACGCCCAGGCUGAUGCCAACUUCUAACGGCCAUAACUAGCGCCCC